AUGGAUUCAUCGCCGAACACAAACAAAGCCUUAACGGAAACACGUUUCUCCGACCUCGAACCAUCACUCUCCGGCGAUAUCAUCGAGGCGCUUAACCGGUCCGGUUUCGAAUUCUGCACUCCUGUUCAAGCCGCAACGAUCCCUUUACUCUGCAGCUACAAGGAUGUUGCCGUCGACGCAGCCACCGGUUCUGGAAAAACCCUAGCUUUCCUCGUCCCACUCGUAGAACUUCUCCGUCGAUCCACCUCCUAUCCUCCGAAGUCUCAUGAGGUUAUGGCGGUAAUUAUAUCGCCAACAAGGGAGUUAUCGACGCAGAUAUAUAACGUGGCACAGCCAUUUGUUUCGACUUUGCCAAAUGUGAACUCUGUGUUGCUUGUUGGAGGCAGAGAAGUGAAAGCUGACGUGAAGAUUAUAGAAGAAGAAGGAGGCAAUAUAUUGAUUGGUACGCCUGGAAGGCUCGCUGAUAUAAUGGAACGAAUGGAGAUUCUCGAUUUCAGAAAUCUUGAGAUUCUUAUCUUAGAUGAGGCAGAUAGGCUUUUGGAGAUGGGAUUCCAGAAGCAAGUGAAUAGCAUUAUAUCUCGCUUGCCAAAGCAACGAAGGACUGGCCUCUUUUCAGCUACACAAACAGAAGGAGUUCAAGAGCUUGCUAAGGCUGGGCUUAGGAAUCCUAUGAGAGUUGAGGUUCAAGCUGAGUCAAAGUCGGAAUCAUCCCAGAAGUUGACCAACUCGAAAACGCCUUCUGGAUUGUACCUUGAGUAUUUGGAAUGCGAAGCAGAUGAGAAAUCAUCACAGCUAGUGGACCUCCUCAUCAAGAACAAAAAUAAAAAGCUUAUAGUAUACUUCAUGACUUGUGCUUCUGUUGAUUACUGGGGACUCGUACUCUCAAAAAUUCCUGAACUGAAGUCCAUUUCUUUAAUUCCUAUUCAUGGGGACAUGAAGCAGAACGCAAGAGACAAGGCAUUAUCUUCAUUUACGGAAGCAUCAAGCGGUGCUCUUCUAUGCACAGAUGUAGCUGCACGUGGACUUGAUAUUCCAGGCAUUGAUUACGUAGUUCAGUAUGAUCCCCCACAAGACCCAAGUAUGUUCAUCCAUAGAGUUGGCAGAACUGCAAGAUUGGGAAGACAAGGGAGGGCCAUUGUGUUCUUACUGCCCAAGGAGGAAGCCUAUGUAGAGUUUAUGCGCAUAAAAGGGGAAACUCUUCAAGAGAGAAAAUGCUCUGAGGAAGCAUCCGAUGUCAUCCCGAUUAUACGUUCACUAGCCAUGAAGGACCGGGCAGUGUUGGAGAAGGGAUUAAAGGCAUUUGUUUCCUUUGUCCGUGCUUAUAAGGAGCAUCACUGCUCUUUCAUUUUUAGAUGGAAAGACCUUGAAAUCGGAAAGUUAGCCAUGGGAUAUGGCCUCUUGUAUCUUCCUUCAAUGUCUGAAGUCAAACAACACAGACUUUCCAGUGAAGGUUUUACGCCCGUUGAAGGCAUCAAGUUUGAGGAGAUAAAAUUCAAUGAUCCUAACAAAGCGUCGAGAAAGUUAACCGGGAAACAGAGACAAACAAUCCAAACAGCUGAAGAUGAAGAAGAGAUGGCUCGAGACUAUCGGUUACUGAAAAAGCUGAAGAAAGGAUCAAUUAAAGAAGAUGAAUUCUCAAAACUUACAGGAGCUGAUGAUUUUUAA